UUGGCCGUCUCCGGCCGAGGGGAGGGCGGGGCUGGCGCGCAGCGCGUUCAUUGGUGGGCCGCUCCCGGAAGGGCGGUCCUGGCGGGGAGGGAGGCCGUGGCUGCCGGUCGCCAUGGCCACAGCAACAGACCAGGUGGUUGGAUUCGGCUUGGUUGCCUUCAGCCUCGUUCUCUUUGUUUACUACACGCUCUGGAUCAUCGUACUGCCCUUCAUCGACAGCGACCACGGGAUCCACCGGUACUUCUUGCCUAGGGAAUACGCAGUUAUCAUCCCCGUAGUGGCUGGUCUGCUGCUGGUGCUAUUUAUAGGCAUUUUUAUAAUGGUUGUAAUGUGGAAGAGCAGGAAACCUGCCAAGAAAUCUGACUGAAGGCCCAGCUGAGAGAGAUGAGGAGAAGGCACCUACCCUGCAGCAUUGUAGCCAGGAAAAGACUUUGCCUGCAGCACUGACAGACGCCUCCUCCAGGGUGCGUGGUGCUGAGCUGGCUGCGCUCUCCCGCGUUCCUUUCUGCAGAGACGAAGCCUUCUGUAGUUUACAACUUACUGACUGAAGGGAAGUAAAACUGACCUCCAGGGCUCAUCAAGAGGGACCAGAGCCCCGGCUGUGAGGGACCCGCUCCCCGUGCUGGCUAGAGGAGCUGUUGGGGUCCAGCAGCUGUAACCGCCAGAGUGCGAGUCCAGCCCUGACCCCUGCCCGCUGCUCAGCCUCUGGGUAAUCCUUCCCCUCUGCUCUUGCUGUGUCCAGUAGUCUGUUCCUUCUGUUGGGGCUUUUUGUUUGUUUGUUUGUUUGGGGGUUUUUUAUGUUUACAUAUGGUUUGUGGGAUUUUUUUAAACUGGAUUCAAGAUAGAGAGAAAAGAAAUGAGACUUUGGGCUUGGAAAAGGCAGGCUUGUGUUCUCCAUCCGCCUGCUGGAAGGGCUAAUCAUGGUGCUGGUGGGCUUUCAGGUUUCUAAAGAGGGACCCCCGUGAGGUCAGGCGUGCAGAGGAUGCAGGGAUGGUGCUGCUGCUGCCCUCUGUGUCCCCUCCUGCAGUCACCCGGGGUGGUGACGAGAUGCCCUGGGUUGCAAGGACGCAUUUGGCUCUGCCACUGAUGGGCACAGUUCCCGUCACAGCUGUCAGCUGCUGGCUGGGUUCCUGCCCCUGGACAAGGCUCCAUGUGCCAGCUGGGCUGGGGCUGCACAGGCAGGCCUGGUGGCACCCUGUCCUUCCCCUGGUGGCACCCUGUCCUUCCCCUGUGGGGUUUCCUCUCCUGGCAGCGGCUUCUGCCCUGAGAUGCGGUUCCCCAGCAGCUCCCGCAGACCACGAUGAGCAGGAUCACCCUCAAUAAAGGUCCUCAAGGUCUCGGUCACUGUCCUCCACCCAAGUCAAGGGGGUGCCGCAGGCCUGCCAGGAUGGUUUCUGCUGCGUGGCCCUGGAGUGCUGGGGAAGGUCCUGCCCUGGGCUCUCUGUGAGCCAUGUCCUGCUGGUGGGGACAGGCAGGGAAGCACCAGAGAGAAUCUGGCUGGGCUGGGCAUGCCCAGCGCUGUGGUGGUCCUGCCGUGCUGGGGGCUGCUUUAUCCCAUCUGGGGUAGCUCCAGCAAAAGGAGGGCAGAUUUGAUCUGACCCUUCUCGCGUGUUCUGUGAGCUUCCCCUACCAGACAGCAGUGUGUCCCGCUGCCUCCCAUCCUGCUGGGAGGUGAUGCUGGUGGCUUGGGCUGAACCUGGCUGCAGUUUAACCUGCCGUGUGCCUGGAGCUGGUGGGUGGUCUGGAGGCGAGGGUCUGGCUGGGGAUUUGUCCCCAGCUCUGGCAGAGGCUGCCUGGCUGUGGGGGCUGCACACCUGCCCCGUUUGCCUGUCGCUGUGCCCUCCCUGAGGCAGAGUCCCCCAUCCCUGUUUUUCCUUGUGCCUUGCUGCUGCCCCUCCUCCUGGUGAGGAAUCCCUCACUCCCCAGCCCCUCGCCCACUGGAUGUGGCUCAGCCCACCCCGUGAAGGUGAAGCUGGGGCAGGGGGAGGCAAAAGGGGGGAAAACUAGGUCAGGUCAUGUCUG